AUGCGAUCCUUGUCGGUCACCACCGUCACUUCUGUGCCUCUGCUCUUAACACCAGCUCUGGCGUCGCUUUCGUGGGUCGCCGAUUCCAAGCUGCCAGUGCUCGACCCAGACAAGAACGGCGCGCUCAAGAGCGUGCUGCGGCAGACGAUAUACUCGCAGUUCUGCGCGGGGGAAUCACCAGCCGAAGUCGCCCACACGAUAUCGGAGCUCAAGAGCCUAGGGUAUGCGGGCGUCAUUCUGGGUUAUGGGCGAGAAGUAGUCAUGACCGAUGACGAGGCACGCGAGCUGGCGGUGCGGGGCGAGCAGGAGCAGGAACUCGAAGAUGACGCAGACCAGGUACAGCAGUGGACAGAAGGCACAAUGCGCACCCUGGAGCUAGCCCAUGAAGGCGAUUUUGUCGCGCUCAAGUUCACCGGCGCCGGGCGAGAAGCACUGCGCUGUCUGCUUCACGGCCUGCCGCCCUCUGCUCGACUAGACAGGGCCAUCAUGGACAUCUGUGAUCGAGCACGAGACAGAAAGGUGCAGCUUCUGUUCGACGCCGAGCAGGAUGCCGUCCAGGCGGCCAUCGAUGCAUGGGUGUUGCGUCUGCAGCGGAAAUACAACCACUCCUUUUCCCUACAAGGCCGCCCUCGUGCGCUCAUCUACAACACCUAUCAAGCCUAUCGUCUGUCCACCCCGCACACGCUUGCAUCCCAUCUGAGAACCGCGCAGGAAGAAGGGUUUGUGCUGGGAGUCAAGCUGGUGCGAGGAGCGUACAUUGCCAGCGAUCCCCGUCAUCUGUUCUGGAAAACAAAGGAUGAGACGGACAGUACGUAUGAUGCCAUUGCUGCAUCCCUGAUCACACGACGGUAUGGCGCUAUUCUGGGGGAUUCCCAGCCUGCCAGAACAGAGAUGUUUCCUCAGGCGGACUUGGUUCUCGCGACGCAUAAUCGAAGAUCGAUUGAGAGGGCGCGGGCUCUUCGGAACGAGCAGGUUCGGACGGGCAACCCGAUGAUUGAGAUGGUCUAUGGACAACUGCAGGGUAUGGCAGACGAUAUCAGCUGCCAGUUGGUGCGCGAGUCCAUAGCGUUGAAAGCGCACCGUCAUACAUUAGAGGAGAUUCCACAGCCAUACAAGUAUCUUGUCUGGGGGACCGUGGGGGAAUGCACCAAGUAUCUUCUUCGUCGAGGCCGCGAGAAUAAAGAUGCAGCGUCCAGGACAAGAGACACUCGGAAUGCCAUGUUCAACGAAUUGAGACGACGCAGUUCUUUUGGUCUUUUUUGA